GGGGCGGGGGGCGGGACCGGGACCGCCCGGCGGCGCGAGGCGCUUCCUGCCCUGCGCCGCCGCCGUUUGGGCUCCGCUCGGCGCGGCGGGCCCGGUGCGGCCCGGCCCGGCGCCAUGCGGAGCCGCGUCCCGCCCUGAGCCGGGCCCGCACCGCCCGCCGGGCCCGCGCCGCCGCUGCCAGCAAUGGAAACAAACAACCACCUGAACUUCACCGGCCUUUCCUCCGCACCCGCUGCCUCAGGACCGAAACCCACGCCUGCCUCAGGGGACAGCCCCUUCGGCCCCCCGCCCGCCGGCCCCCCGCCCGGGAAAGGUCUGAACGGGGACACGAAUGUCAAUGGCUUCUCUACUGUAUGUCACCCCAGCACUUCAGGGACCCCCGGCUCGCCCCCCCUCCGCGCCUACGACUGCCUCUGGGACUACCCCCCGUUCCUCCCCGCCGGCGGCCGCAAGGCCGGGAGCCCCCCCGCGCCCCCCCUGGGGCCGUUCCCGCUCAACGGCGCGACCGGGGGGUCCCGCCCGGCGUCCCCGGGACACGGCCCCGACCUGCGGGCGGCCGGGCAGGAGUUCUGGGGCAACGGGACCCCCGGCGCCAUGGGGCUGAACCUGGACUCGCAGGAACUGUACGACGCCUUCCCCGAGCAGAGCUUCGAGCUCAUCCCCAACGGCCCCGACGGCUUCUACGCGGGGGAAGCGGGAGCCGGGCGCGGAGGCGCCGACGCCAAAGAGAUGCCCCCCGCCAUGGCGGAGAACGGCGGGGGGCUGGUGGGCAGCGUGGAGCUGGAGGAGGCGCCGGAUUUGAAGAUGUGCAGCUACAACGGGGCUGCCCCCGGCGCCGCGGGGCCCGUCCUGGCCGCCGGCAGCGGCUGCCUGGGGGACGUGUCCCCCAUCGCCCCCCGGCUGGAGGACACCCCCAUCCUCAGCGGGGACCCCCUGGAGCCCUUCGAGUCCCUGGCCACAGACCCCGGCACCGGGGACCUCUACACCAUGGACGACUCGCGGCUCGUGAGCGACAAGUCCUCCCUGGAUGACCCCCCCGGCCCCUUCGGCCUCCUGCCCGCCAGCCCCCCGCCCGCCCUCGACAGCGGCCUCGACCAUACGGGGCCGGAGGAGUCGGGGGGGUCCCUGGAGCUCGACCCCCCGCUGGAGCCCGAGUCCACGGAGGAGGAGGAGGAGGAGGAUGAGGACGAGGCUGCCGACAGCUGCCCGGAGACAUCGGCUGCGCCGGGAGCGGGGGGUGAAGGGGCCACCCCGGCGAGCACCGCGGCAGCAGGUGACGUCCCCCGGCGGCGCAUCGCCACCCCCGAGGAGGUGCGCGUCCCCCUGCAGCACGGGUGGCGGCGGGAGGUGCGGAUCAAGCGCGGGAACCAUCGCUGGCAGGGAGAGACCUGGUACUACGGGCCCUGCGGGAAGAGGAUGAAGCAGUUCCCGGAGGUGAUCAAGUACCUGAGCAGGAACGUGGUGCAGGACGUGCGGCGCGAGCACUUCAGCUUCAGCCCCCGCAUGCCGGUGGGAGAUUUCUACGAGGAGCGGGACACGCCGGAGGGUCUGCAGUGGGUGAAGCUGAGCCCCGAGGAGAUCCCCUCGCGCAUCCAGGCCAUCACGGGCAAGCGCGGCCGACCCCGCAACGCCGAGAAGACCAAACCCAAGGAGCCGCCGGCCGCCAAGCGCGGCCGAGGCCGCCCGCCCAAGCUCAAGAUGGUGGAUUUGCUGAGCAAGACGGACGCGCGGCUGCUGAAGAGGCUGGAAGCCCAAGACGUGCUCAGCGAUGAGGACAAGCUGAAAAUGAGCAAAAUCAAGAAGAAAAUGAGGCGGAAGGCCAAGAACAAGCAGAAGCAGGAGGCCAGAGCCCCCCGGGCAAAGGAGGCCAAGAAGAAACCCAAGGCCAAGGAGAAGAAGGGCAAAGCGGAGAAGGGCAAGGAGAAGGUGGAGAAGGGCAAGGAGAAGGCCCGGCCCAAGGAGAAGAAGGGCAAAGGGGCUCGCAAAGCAGACAAGGGGCUGCUGGCCCAGCGGCGGCUGGAGGAGCGGCGGCGGCAGCAGCUCAUCCUGGAGGAGAUGAAGAAGCCCACGGAAGACAUGUGCCUGGGGGACCACCAGCCCCUGCCCGCCUUCUCGCGCAUCCCGGGGCUCGUCCUGCCCAGCCGCGCCUUCUCGCACUGCCUGACGGUGCUGGAGUUCCUGCAGAGCUACGGCAAGGUGCUGGGCUUCGACCCGGCGCGCGACGUGCCCAGCCUGUGCGCGCUGCAGGAGGGGCUGCUGGGGGGGCGCGACAGCGCGGGCGAGCUGCAGGACCUGCUGGUGCGGCUGCUGCGCGCGGCGCUCUGCGACCCCGGGCUGCCGCCGUACUGCCAGUCCCUGAAGAUCCUGGGGGAGAAGGUGUCGGAGAUCAACCUGAACCGCGACACGGUCUCCGAGAUCCUGCGCUGCUUCCUGACGGCGUACGGGGCGGGCGAGGGGCUGUGCGAGGGGCUGCGCACCAAACCCUUCCAGGCGCUGCCCCCCGAGCAGAAAGCCGCCAUCCUGGCCUUCCUGGUGACCGAGCUCAACGGCAGCGCCCGCAUCAUCAGCGAGAUCGACAAGACGCUGGAGAACAUGUCGAGCUACAGGAAGAACAAGUGGAUCAUCGAGGGCCGGCUGCGCAGGCUGAAGGUCGCCCUGGCCAAGAAGACCGGCCGGCCCGAGUCGGAGAUCACGGGGCUGGAGGACGGUCGGCGCCGGCGCAGCUCCCGCCUGACGGAGGAGACGGGGCUGGACAUGGAGGAGGAGGAGGAGACGCGAGGCCGAAGAUCCCGCAGGGAGGAGGAGGCUGACACGUCCGCGUCCAGCGUCCCCGAGCUGGAGAGACAGAUCGAGAAGCUGGCCAAGAGGCAGCUGUUCUUCCGCAAGAAGCUGCUCCACUCGUCGCAGACGCUGCGGGCGGCGGUGCUGGGCCAGGACCGGUACCGGCGGCGCUACUGGGUGCUGCCCCACCUGGGCGGCAUCUUCGUGGAGGGCGCGGAGGAGGCCGAGCCGGAGCCCCCAGGGCCCCCUGAGGAGAAGGCGACCCCCCAGCUCUGCGCGGUGAAGGAGGAGCCGGCGGCCGCGCCGCCUCCCAGCCGGAUGAACUGUGCCGCCCCGCGCGCCCGCGGCCGCCCCCGCAAGAGCAAAGAGGAGCUGCCGCCCGCUGGGGACCCGUGGCCCCCCCCCUUGAACGGGGCCCUGGAGGAGCCGGAGCCGCUGGGGCAGAGCCAGCACGACCUCAGCCAGUCCGCCUUCCUGUCCUGGCUGAGCCAGACCCAGUCGUCCCUGCUGCAGGGCUCCGUGCUCACCCCCGCCAGCAGCCCCGGCGCGGGGGACACGGGGCUCCCCCCGGCCCCGGCCGACCCCGCCGAGGAGGAAGAGGAGGAGGAGGAGGAGGGAGAGGAGGAGAGCGUCCCGGAGGCUGCGGAAAAGUGGGGACCCUGGUUCAACCUGCCGCCGCGGACGCCCUGCGAUGACCGAGGUCCCCUGGCUACCUCCUCCACCGAGCCCGCGCCGCGACCCCCCACGCAGCCCCACGGCCAGCCCCACGGCCAGCCCCACGGCGAGCUGCCCAAGGGCUCGGCCAGGCAGCUGAACGGCCUCCCCGAGGACGACCCCGUGGCCCCCCUGCUCGCCUCCACGCCGGUGCACGCCGGCGCCAGGGCCCACGGUGCCUGUCCCCGGAGCCGCGGCGGCCUCGAGAAGCUCCAGGACGUGCCGGGGCAGCCCAAGCGCCGAGGGCGACCCCCUACCAAAUUCUUCAAGCAGAUGGAACAGAAGUACCUGACCCAGUUGACGGAGCAGCCUGUUCCCCCUGAGAUGGCGAGCGGCUGGUGGUGGCUGCGGGACGCGGAGGAGCUGGAGGCGGUGGCGCGGGCGCUGCACCCGCGGGGCAUCCGGGAGAAGGCGCUGCACAAACACCUCACCAAGCACCGCGAGUUCCUGCGCGAGGUCUGCGGGCGAACCCCGACGGACCCCAUCUUCCACCCGCGCCCCGAGGCGGCCGGUGCCGCGGCGUCCCGGGAGGCGCUGGCGCGGUGGUCGGUGACGGACAGAACGUACGAGACCGACCUGGCGGUGCUGCAGUGGGUGGAGGAGCUGGAGCAGCGCGUGCUGAUGGCCGAUCUGCAGAUCCGGGGCUGGACGUGCCCCACCCCCGACUCGACGCGGGACGACCUGCGGUACUGCGAGCACAAAGUGGAGCCCCUGGAAGACAUCACGGUGCGGAGCCGGCGGGACGGGCAGCCCCCGCGCCGCGAGCCCACCAACCCCCUGGACCUGGCGGUGCUGCGCCUGGCGGCGCUGGAGCGCAACGUGGAGCGGCGCUACCUCAAGGAACCGCUCUGGCCCCUGCACGAGGUGGUGCUGGAGAAGGCACCGCCAAACCGCCCCGAGGAGCCCAACCCCACCGAGAUAGCCUACGAAAUCACCCCCCGCGUGCGGACGUGGCGGCAGACGCUGGAGCGGUGCCGCAGCGCGGCCCAGGUCUCGCUCUGCAUCUACCAGCUGGAGAAAUCCAUCGCUUGGGAGAAGUCUGUCAACCGGGUGACCUGCCUGGUGUGCCGGCGCGGGGACGACGACGAGCACCUGCUGCUGUGCGAUGGCUGCGACCGCGGCUGCCACCUCUACUGCCACCGGCCCAAGAUGACGGAGGUGCCCGAGGGCGACUGGUUCUGCUCCGUCUGCGUCUCCCGGGCCGGGCAGCACCGGGACCCCAUCUCCCCCCGGCGCGGCAAGAAGCGGAAAUGGGGGCGUCUGUUUGGGGGGAGCCCGGAGGAGGAGGGGACCCCGCGGCGCCGCCCGGCCUUGCGCCGCCGCGAGGGGCUGCCGGUGCCGCGGGACGCGGGCGGGGGGCUGUCCCCCCCCAAGCGCCGGGGCGCCACGCUGCGCAGCCAGCCCAGCGACCUGACCUUCUGCGAGAUCAUCCUGAUGGAGAUGGAGUCGCACGAGGACGCGUGGCCCUUCCUGGAGCCCGUCAACCCCCGCCUGGUCCCCGGCUACCGUAAGGUCAUCAAGAACCCCAUGGACUUCGCCACCAUGCGCACGAGGCUGCUGCGGGGCGGGUACUCGAGCUCGGCGGAGUUCGCGGCGGACGCGGCGCUGGUGUUCGACAACUGCCGGACGUUCAACGAGGACGACUCGGCCGUGGGCCGCGCCGGCCACGCCAUGCGCAGCUUCUUCCAGAGCCGGUGGGAAGAGUUUUAUCAGGGAAAACCCCCCCUCGACCCGUGAGGGGCCCCCCCGCGCCCCCCCAGCCCGCCCUGGGGUCGGGGUCCCCCCCGCACCCCCCACACCCCCCCCAGAACUGACUCCUCUGGAGCUGCUCUCGCUGCCUGCUGAUCCUGCGGGGCCCCCCCCACCCCAAUUUUUGACACCCCCCCCCCCCCCAGCACCACAAACUCACAGACUGUGUACGCCAAAAAGAAAACAAAAAAAGAGGUGUUUUUUUUUCUUUAUUUCUUUUUAAAGUUUUAUUUUCUAAUUAAAAACAGAAGCACCCCCCCCCAUGCCCCCCCCCAAUAUAAAAAGAAGCAAAUUCCACACACCCCCCCCCCCCGCCCCGCCCCUCCCCGGAAUAUUUAAUAAUAGCAAUAGUUCAUAGUGAAUGUGUCCGACAUGUGUUACUGGCCAGUAAAGUGGACUUAGCCCCCCCCUGCGCAGACACUUUAUGGGGAGGGGGGUCCCCACCUGGCUCCAGGGACCAAACCUGGGGGGGAAGUGGGGGGGGGGGCAGCGGGGGGGCCCUGGCAGCCCCUUUGCUGCCUCUCAGGAAGAGCCCGGCCCCCCCCCACCCCCCCCUCCCCACCCCAACUGGGACCCCUCAGGGACACCCCCACCCCCACCCCACCAUGGACUUGAUGCCUCAGGCGGGUGUUGCCCCCCCAACAAGCCGGGGUGGGGGGGGCACAGCGUGGGGAGGGUUGUCCCCCCCCACCCACCCCCCCUCACCCCCCCCCCCUCCUCCCGCCUCCCCCUGGCCAGGAUAUUACGGGUACUCGCUCUGGGGGUUCGGGGCGGUUGGGGGGGUCCCGGGCGCAUCCCCCUUCCCCCCGAGCACUGAAACAACUCACCUACCUGGGCGGGGGGGCACGGCCGCCCCCCCACCCCCCCACCCCCCCAAAAAAAAAGCAAAGUAGCCUUUUUUCUAUGAGUAACCUCAGAAAGCGUUUAUUGUAUUUGGUUGCCGGGGGGGGGUCGCUCGGAGCCGUUUCUAUGAGCAGAAUAUUUAUAUUUUCAGUACCUUGCGCUGUCCCCAGUUCGCGGGUUUUUCGGGUGGUUUCGACGUCUCCGUGUUGUUCUCGUGUUCAUUCCCCCCCCCCAAGUUUAACACCCCUCCCCCCCACGGCCGGUACCACAGGUUUGGGGGGAGGGGGGACAGUGUCACUGCACCCCCCACCCCCGGCCGCCUUUUUUAGACCCAGCCGUGUGGUUUUAGUGACUUUUUGAUAAUGUACAGGGUUUUGUGAAUUUAAAUUUAUUUCUUUCUAUAUUUUUAGGACCAAUCUCAUUUUUAAUAAGGUUUAAAGGAGGAAAAGGGGGUGGCGGGGAGUGGGGGGGGCGCUGCUUUGUGUGUCCCCCCCCACCCCACCCCACCUCACCUCCCCAUUGCCUGUCGAUGUCCCCACGAGCUGUAGGACCCCCCCGCGUGUCGCGUUCGAGAAUAAACUACUCACGUUUGAUAAACA